UGCAAGUCCCUUCAUUACUCCAUUCAAUCCUCUUCUUGUCGCCAAAACCCUUCUUCACCAAAUUCUCCAAAACAUUAAUCUCUGUAAGCAACAUGUCAAACCCAACAGAACCCACUUCCGAAACUGUCCCUCAGACCCCACAGAAUUACCCCACACCCCUCUCCCCUCCCUUACCUUCCAUAUCAAAGGAUAUAGAGCUCACAAGAGCCAUGUCCGCCUCUUCGAAAUCAAGCCUUUUUAAGUUAUCAAGAAGUGAUAUUUUGUAUGAAGACGAAUGGCUCAUUGCUGUCAACAAGCCUCAAGGGAUUUAUUGUGAGAGUGUUUUGGCUUCUGUUCCCUGUCUUCUUGCUGGUAACUCCGCCGAGUCGGGUCAACUCAAUGCAGUGACUGAAGCCAAACCCCCAGAGCUCCAUCUUGCUAAUCGACUUGACCGUGACACAAGUGGUGUAAUGAUCAUUACCAAGUCCCACAAAGUAGCAUCUAAGCUUGUGAAGGCAUUUACCAAUCAUAAGGUGAGUAAAACUUACAUUGCUCUCUGUGUUGGUCCUGCUCCAAAAUGGGAAAGAACCACCCUUAAAUCAGGCCAUGGUCGAUCAAAGUUUGGAGUCUGGCGUGUGUAUGCUUCAUCAGAUGUAGGUCGGAAUCUACCAGGUGGGUCUGUAGUUAAGGACAUGGUUACUUCCUUUGAAGUGUUAUCAGUAAACGGACAGGGGAGCCUCAGAGAGCUAUCUGAAUUUCAAAAAAAUGUAACAAAUGUUAUAGUAGUUGAAGAAAAGGCCAUGAUAGAUGCUGAUGCAAAGAAGGAUGAAAUUUUGGUGAGAGCAUUUCCUCAGAGUGGAAGAACACAUCAAAUCCGCUUGCAUUGUCAGUAUCUUGGUAUUUCAAUAAGAGGGGAUGUGAAAUAUGAGGGUGUCUAUGAGUGGAACGGGAGGACUUAUGAGGGCCAUGAACUUCAUGCGGAGAGCUUGUCUUUGGAGCAUCCAGUCACUGGUUGCCCUAUAAUGUUCCAAGCGCCUCUGCCUUGUUGGGCAAGCCAAGCAUUGCAAUCACCCUAAAUUAUGCCCUCCACUCUAUUUAUUCUUUAAUAUUCAGGCUUCAGAAGAUCUCAUCAUGAUGUGCUAAGGUGCUAUGAUACCUGUUCUCUUUUGGAGCAAUUCAAUUUUUUAUGAAUUAAUGAAGGGAUUACUGUUAAAGAAGAGGAAAUAAGCUCCGCAGAAAAGUCCUGUGAACUGAAUGAAAUGACCAAUAACGUAUUUCUUCUUGAACUGAUGAAGUAUGCUGAAUGCAGAUCCAUGGUGCUUCAGCAAAGCUGCCAAUGGUAAUGAUUUGCUGAAGAAAGAGCUCGAGGUUGCAGCAAUAUGCCUCAGUUGCAAUUACAAACUUUUCAUCGACUCAAAACCUUUGCCUACAGCAGUGAGAAAAAGGUUGAAAUCAUUGACUGCCUAUGUGUUUUUGUUAAAUACAGACAUAGUUGGAAUAGUUCUGAAAUUCAUCAAAACCUUAUUUUAGUUUUGAAAAUUGUUAAAACCCUGCUAAAAGUGGAUCAAAACUUCCUUUAAAUUAUGUAAAAUUUUGAUAGAAGCCUACUUUUUAGGGAAUGUUUGUAACAAAUUCUAGAACCAUUCAAGCCGAUGUAUUUAACCCAAUAUUUAGGAAUUGUCUUAAAAGGGAAAAAGAUAGUGAACAUCU